AUGGAUGAGCAGAUCAGACUGAUGGACCAGAACCUGAAGUGUCUGAGUGCUGCUGAGGAAAAGUAUUCUCAAAAAGAAGAUAAAUAUGAAGAAGAGAUAAAGAUUCUUACUGAUAAACUUAAAGAGGCAGAGACCCGUGCUGAAUUUGCUGAGAGAUCAGUAGCCAAGCUGGAAAAGACCAUUGAUGAUUUGGAAGAUAAACUGAAAUGCACCAAAGAGGAGCACCUGUGUACACAAAGGAUGCUGGACCAAACUCUGCUGGACCUGAAUGAGAUGUAGAGCGCCCUGAGUCC